CGAAAUCUGCAUCUUUCAAACAAGAACAGUGCCCAUCAAAGAAUGAUAAUCACUGCACAUUCACAUUUAUCUUCGUCCAAGAGAGAGAGAGAUAACGCGAAAAAGGGCAGCCCCUCCGACAACGAUAAGUGAAAUUUGUCUGGUUGUCCAAGAAUUCUAGAGAGAGAAAAUCAAACAUUUGACAGAUUUUCUUGUCUGCCCACAAAAUAUAUUCUCAAUUUAUAGUCCCUUGUAGUUCUUGAGUGUCCCUUUUCAAAAAUUUUAGCAUUAGUGUAAUGGAGAGUGGUAAGAGAGAAGAAGCCGGGCCAAGUGCUUCAGUGAGAGAAGAGCAAAAACAAGAAAAUGAAGAGGGUUUUGAUUAUGAGGAAGCGGGUUUUGACGAAAUCGAUCAAGAAAAUAAAAGGGCUUUUGAGAAUUUUAAUCCUGGUCCUCUUCUUCCUCUCAAAGAACAGAUUGAAAAAGACAAGGAGGAUGAGAGCUUAAGAAGAUGGAAAGAGAAGCUUCUCGGCUGCCUUGAAAGUGAUUUAAAUGGACAAAUGGAGCCUGAGGUUAAAUUUCAGUCAAUUGGAAUUUUAUCCUCUGAUUUUGGGGAGCUAAAUAGUCCCUUGCCUAUUACUGAAGACCAGAGCAGACGUGUACUUUUUAGUCUCAGGGAGGGCUCUGAUUACCGCCUUAAGCUAACAUUCACGGUUCUUCACAACAUCGUUUCUGGCCUGGCUUACACGAAUACAGUUUGGAAGUCUGGACUCCAAGUUGAUCAAAGCAAAGGUAUGUUGGGCACUUUUGCUCCUCAGCGAGAACCAUAUGUACACACCUUGGAGGAGGAGACGACUCCAUCUGGGGUUCUUGCUAGAGGAACAUACACGGCUAAGCUUAAGUUUGAAGAUGAUGAUAAAAGAUGCCAUAUGGAGGUCGAUUAUUCCUUUGAGAUACAAAAGAGAAGUUAAAAUCUAGUCAUUGUUUUGUUCAUUUGUUGGAUCGUUAGCAAGCCUUUUGUCUUACUGUUGAACAAGAAGAGGAGCUUUUUUUCGUUUUCUCUGUAUUCGUCUGUUUCUUUUAUGUCAGUCAACCUAAGCCAUGGUAACAGAUCUGGUUUUUGAGAUGAACUUUUGUAAAUUUCAUUUACUUGAUACAGUGGGAGUACAUUGUUCUUGGUUUAUCACAAAACAGAAAGCCUUAACCAAA